CCGACCGCCAUUUUUCCUUUUGCGUGUCCCAACUUUGUGUGGUGAGCUGCCUGUCAGAAGUUGCUUUUAAAUCGAAACCACACCUAUUCAAAAAGUUUUCAGGUGUUUUAACAUAGCAGUGUAGGUACGUGACAACAAAUUUGUUUAGCAAGAUCAUGCUGUUGGGACUGCAGACUUUGCUAUCUUUUCUGGCCAGCUUUUUGUUGGUUAAAGGUGACAACAUCACCUACCACCACAACUACAAGCGCAGUUUUACAGCCACUUCUGUGUAUCGCUUACCUUACUACGGCCAAAUUCGGUAUACGAUUUACGAUGGUAAAGAGAUUAUUAUUGAUGGAAGCCUCCCUUCUAGAGGAACAAGGACGACUUUUGAGCUAUGCGAUAACAACAGAUGCUCCAACCAUGUUCCAAUCCACGUAUCAUUCCGACUGAACACAAACCAAAUGAUGGUCAGCUCUAAGACAGCUGGGAGGUGGAACCGGGAAAUUAACGCGGGCUCGAACCCUGCGAGCAGAGGACAGUCUUUCCGCAUCAAGUUCAUCAUUCACAGCAACAAGAUCAGGAUCUACAACAAUCAGAGAUUAGUGUAUGAUUUUAUAAACCCCAUUACCUUCGACAACAUCAAAUUUAUCUCCAUUCGUGAUAGUGCCGCCGUGACUUCGAUCGUGUAUUCUAUGACAUUUCCCGUGAGUUUUAAUUUUGAAAUUGGUUUAUCGAAUUUUGAAAAAAUAUGAUUACAGAAAUAUU